AUGGCAGAGCCGAGUGAUGCGCAACUUCGGAGUGCUAUAAGAGGUAGUCUCAAAAGCCCGUUCAUCUUAUUUCGGACCCUGUAGAGAUCCUGCAGAAUGCCGACCUUUCUAAAGUUACGUCCAAAAAUGUUCGAAAAAACUUAGAAGAUAUGUUCAACAUAGACUUGAGUGACAAGAAAGCAGCAAUUGAGAAAAUGAUCAUGAAAACUCUUGAAGACCUCCACAGUAGCCCAAAAAAGUCGCCUGCAAAGCGUUUGCCCUCGCCUGAAGCUUCAGGUCUGGUUCACAUAGUCUGACUCUCCUACAGAUGAUUCUAAUUCUGAAUCGAGCUCAGACGAGAGGUCGUGUGAUAUUCCUAGAACGAAGGGACGAAAGCUUUCAAGCGACGAGAAUUAUGCUAGAAGUCUUCAUGCAAGGGAAAACGGGAUGCGAAAUCGAAAGUCCAAGGGUAGCUUUUGUUUUGCUCUAUGCUGUAGUAGCUAAAUCAACACCGCGUGCACCAAGAGCCGAAGGAUCCAAAAGUGGUUUUACUAAGCCUCUGACCCUCUCGGACGAACUGGCUGAGUAUCUUGGAACGCCGAAACUCUCUCGAGCAGAACUAGUUAAACGAUUUUGGGAUGAAGCUAAGGCCAAAGAUCUAUUCGUAAGCAGUCACUCUUCAGCUUUAACAUUUUAGGACCCCAAAAAUCGGCGGUACGUCGUCUGUGACGAACAGUGGCAACGGCUGUUUGGACAAAAGCGCUUUUUGAUGUUCGGAAUAUCAAAGUAUCUAAGCCGUCAUAUCGUUGAUUAAAUUUUUUAUCCAUUUCCUCGUCACUUGUUUCUCCUUUCCCUCCGUAAUAUUUCCUUGCCACAGCGACCCUCGAGAAUCCUCGAUAACGGCAACGUUACUGAGUUGAUUGAGAUUUACGUCCCUCAGAUAAAACCUGGUGCCCAUAUCCGUAUGACCUACCGGGAAUUGAGGAAGUCUUGUUGUUGAAGAAGGAAAUUUAUAGCGGACUUUCGCCAAAGUCCCACAGUCGUACACGCAAGCGCCGUCUCUUGUCGAAACGCUCGACUAUAGUGUGCGGCAAUUUGAUCUGAUGAUCUUCGUGCGUCGGAGGUUGCCAGGGCUAUGCCAGCUGCACGGAGGCCACUACAUUCGACGGUUAUAAACGAUGACAUUGUUCCUGCACCCUCUGCGGCCGUUGUGUUCCUCGACGGAAUUAUUAUGCAGGCGGUUUGUUUUGAUUUCUCUGAAUUCGCCAUUGAAGACCUAUUUAAAGACGUCUGGGUAGGGUGGUAAUAAAUGACUUCUCCUCAGUAAGGGUUCCGACCACACGGCUAUUUUUGACGCUUUCGAAAUGAGGCAAGGACGACACUUUACGUCAUUUUUGCCAAAUACCUUUCACUGCGUUUUUUGUGAGGUCCUGUUUUUUUUUGACUGAUGCUAUUUUGGGAACUACUAGACACGUAUCGUGA